AUGUCAGCUGCACAGAAAUACACUUCAAUGAUCCCAUUCCUUGUCUCGAGGGACGACAAUAACUUCCAAUUCUGUCAAAUUCCUAUCAAUGAAGGAGAUAACAAUACCGCAAUCGUCGACCGCAUCAAGUCUUUGGAGCGCGCAACCAAUUCUAAGAAAGCCAAACGAGCCCUACAUACCCUAGCCAUGCGCAAGCUCAGUAUCGGUACCGUCCGCCUCCUCGAAGCGCCACUUGAAACUGGCAAAGCCCAGAUCAUACCUACUGGGUACGUGGGGGAGAAAAAGAGGCACGACAUGAUGACGAACGUCCUGUUCAACCCCGCGACGCCCAUCCCAACGACGCAUACCCUCUAUGUACAGCUCAUCAGUGGUGUGAGGAACGAUGAAGAAGGACACACCAAGGCAUGGGGCCUCGAUUAUGCUAUCGACGGGCACGCGGCGUGCAUCUGGCUCGCUCUCGCUCUCGUCGCCGCUCUUGUAGUGGGUCUAGUCAUUGGUAUAAGCACUGGUGAUGGCAAACUUGGAUUGGGAAUCGGUGGUGGUCUGCUCGCGGCUUCCACGGCCAUUCAGGCAGCGAUCCUCAUGAGGACGAUUUAUUGA